GAUAUUUUCGUGCGUCUUGAYAAAUAAAAACCUGCACAUCACCAAGGAAGUAUUAUUUUAUAUGUUUCGGGAGGCAUUUUGCUGUAUUUCUUCGAGUUUAAAAUCUGGCCAGUUUAUUUUACUAGAACCUUAACAAAAGAAGAAGGUUUUGACGUUUAGUUUUGAGGUGAAAAUGGGCUCGCCCACCUACAACUGGCAGGCCGAGAAAACCUGUGUUAAAGACAGGAUAGCUUUUCUAUUUAACAACGAAAUUCUCAGUGAUGUUUACUUCCUUGUGGGUAAAGGACCUCAAAGACGACGUAUUCCAGCACAUAAGUUCAUCCUUUCAGUAGGCAGUGCUGUUUUCGAUGCCAUGUUUAAUGGAGGAAUCGCGACACAGUCAGACGAAGUCGAACUCCCCGACGUUGAACCGUCGUCUUUCUUGGCUCUUCUUCGCUUUUUGUACACAGAUGACGUUCAAAUUGGACCUGAAACUGUCAUGACGACUCUUUAUACUGCUAAAAAAUACGCAGUUCCUACACUAGAGAAGGCUUGUGUGGAUUUUUUAAAGACAAAUCUCAGUCCUGAUAAUGCUUUCAUGUUGCUUAGUCAGGCUCGCUUGUUCGAUGAACCCCAACUCGCAGCGCUAUGCCUAGAUUGUAUUGAUAAAAAUACUGUGGAAGCUGUUAAUGCAGAAGGCUUUACUGACAUUGACUAUGAUACCCUUAACGUGGUUUUACAGCGAGAUACGUUAAAUAUUCGAGAAAGUCAGCUAUUUACAGCUGUAGUACGCUGGUCUGAGCACGAGUGUCAAAGAAGACGACUUCAAACCACAGCUGAAAACAAAAGGUCAGUCUUGUCAAAAGCACUCUAUCAAAUCCGUUUCCCCAUGAUGACAGUAGAGGAAUUUGCAUCAUCUCCUGCCGUCCAUUCCAAUAUCCUUACAGACAAAGAAGUGGUUUCACUUUUUCUUCACUUCACUCUUAACCCAAAACCCUCAGUCGACUUCAUGGACAAACCUCGCUGCUGCUUGACUGGCAGAGAGAAGGUCAUAUCUCGAUUCACGAAAGUUGAGUGCCGCUGGGGAUACAGUGGGACUAGUGAUAGGAUACGGUUCACAUGUAGCCACAGAAUAUUUGUCGUUGGGCUAGGUAUGUAUGGAUCGAUAAAUGGUCCCAGUGACUUUCAAGUUACAAUGCAACUCAUAGAAAGUGAAACUGCAAAAAUUUGUGGACAUAAUGACACAGCAUUCAACAGUGAUGGCUCAGAGAAUACAUUCCGUGUGAUGUUCAAAGAGCCAGUUGAAGUCCUCCCUAAUGUCAGUUACACAGCCGCUGCUACCGUGAGGGGAUCAGACUCACACUAUGGAACUUGUGGGCAGAAGCGUGUGGUGCAUGACCUUGAUGGGCGAGAGAAAAUUGUGUUUAAUUUUUAUUAUGCGACAGGGAAUAACAAUGGAACAUCAGUUGAAGAUGGACAAAUACCUGAGAUUAUAUUUUACACUUGAUAUAUCACUGGGGAUAUAUUAAAAAAUAUACAACACCUAAUUUCAUAAUUACAUAACCAACACAGCCUUAGUCAUUUAGGCUUUUGGCCUCUGCCAAUCAAACAGUACUAACAAAAACCAAUGGAAAUUUGAUUGACAGAAGUCAAUUACCCAGACAUCUCAAGUUAUAGCUAGUUGUCUGGGUGGUAUAAUUGUUAUAAAAAUGAGUAUGGCAUGUAAAUUUCAUAUUUACAGUAACUUGUAUAUACGUACUGUAUGUACACGUACCAUCCUGGCAUAAUAAGAGAUUGUCACACGUUAAGAACUUGUUAUUGUUUUCAUUCAUGAGUUUCUAUUUCAUAUCACGAAACCCAUAUCACAAACAAGUGAGUCUAUGAGCGAGUUGGUGAUAUGAUAUGGACAACAAGUGAUAAAAGUUUAAGAUUUCCGGCUCAUAACGCAUAAUAAUUUGUUUAUAAUUACACAUUUUAGGGUCAAUACAAUAACACUGCUCACAGUUUCCAUUUUACCAUUCACACUUCACUUUUUAUUCACUCCAGCUUUCAUGCGGAUAUUUAAGCUUAAGCUUUUCAAAAUCUAUGACGGCAAUGUCAACUGAGUCUGGGGUCUUCAAAGUCUGUCUUCCCUGUGGAUGAGUUGACUUUACUGACAAUCUUGUGAAAAGUGAAAUCUCCAAUGAACAGAACCCCAAAGAGAAAUUAUUUACACUUCCAGUUGAUGUCGCCGUCGUAGAUUUUGAAAAGCUUAAGGUCGCUAUUGAACCCAAAUGUGUAGCCUUGGGGGGUUGGGGAGGGGCCACUACACAGGUUUAAAGAUAUAAAAAUUAAAUACUUAUAAAUUACAAAAUAAUUAGCCAUUAUAGUAGCAUAGAGGGAGGUGAUUUGGGGGGAAGGGGUAAACAAUUGAAUUUGUAAUAUGUUCCUCAGUCUUUGGUUAGCUGUAUUUGGCAUCUUCGAUAGCUGUCAUAUUUGACAGCUGUCAAUUAUACACCUAUUUCAAUGAGCAUUGUCAUCACCCAUGGUGAUAGGCAAUAUGCAAGAAGCCAUUGGAGAUAGGUCAUUCCAAGAUUGAAGAAUAGCUGGAAUGACUUGUGUUUCUGCUCCUUAUUCUCGUCAAAAACAUGGAUCUUAGUGUUGAGACUGUUUCAAUGUUCUUUAUGACGUAUUGCCUUUGACGAUGACAGCGUUUAUUGAAAUAGCUAUAUAAAAAGAUGAUAUAUAAGAUGCUUUGUCUGGCUGCUUUGUUGUUAAGACAGAGCUAGGCCUCUAGAUUGGGUGUAAUGUUUUCUUAUUUCAAACCACGUCAUUCCCUUGAGUAUCAUUUUUUUGUUUAAAAGUUGUGCAUGAGACAAUGCAUGAACAUACAGCUGUACAUCAAACUCAAACAAAUAAUCUUAUUCUCAAGAGGAUGAGACUUCUAAGGCUGAUCUGAAAUGGGAGAACAUUACACCCAAUCUUUAACAGCUUCUGGGGAGGGGGGUACUCCUCUAUAUUCGCUAUAUGGAAUGGUACCGCCAAAUGGGGUGAGGUUUUCAGCGAUUCUACUCUGGAACAGGGUAUGAAUUUUAGUGAUUUUACUCUGGAACAGGGUCAGGGUUCAGAGGGCUCAGCAGCACAUCCGUCCUCCACCCAGGAUUAACCUUAGUAGCUAUAGCACUAUACUAUAUAGUCAGAAACUGAACCAUGAAGACAGAACUAAAAGCCUAAACUCUCCCAGGGUAAUCCAUUUUAAACCAGAUCAAUCUCAUAAAACUCUUGCACUAAGCUUCUCGGGCUCAAAACAAUGAAAAAUAAUAAUUGUGGAAAAAGAUUUCAAUCGAUCUCAAGUAAAAGAAAUAAAUAAGCUUUGCUUUAUUUUAA